AUGCCGGUGAAUGAACGCCAAUGGCUGCGAGUACUCUGUCGUCAUAGCACGUGGCACAGGAGAAGUCUUGUGGCCAGAGAGCUACGACAUCUGGCUGCCCUCAGACUAGAUCAGACUCAAGCUCCCAAGUUUCAGCGGACUCCGACGGCGCACCCCUUCACCUUGUCCAGGCCGGCCCCCAACCAGCAUCGUCGCCGGUGGAUCUGGAUCUGGUGGGCAUACUUUUGCCAUUCUCCCCCAAAGUGGGACCAUGCGGUGAGAAAGACGAGGAGACUUCUCCCUCAACGUUGGGUCAGCUACUUCGAAGCCUGGGCGUCGGUGACAACGCUCAUCCCCCCGAACUUUCCAAUAAACAGAACCUCGAGCGAUGGGCGACACACGUUUUCUUCUUUCCGGCGGGCCACGGAAUCCAACUGUCGGUGAACCCAACGCUCUUUCGAGGGCCCGAUGGCGAGGUGAUGACUCCGUCUUCGUUUGUGAACGCGUCUAAACGCCACCACGCCUUCCUCUACCCUCCUAUCCUCCCUGACGGACACCAGAAGGUUUUCUCUCUGCCCGAGCAACGUUGGAACGCAUGGUGGAAGGCUCUGCGCAAGGUUCGCAAGGUUCACUCGGACGCUGAGGAUACCGCCCACCUCCUCUCCCUGGGAUUCCUCCACCCAGGCAGCCAAGUUGCAUCCCCAACCAGCUCCCGCCCCAACAAUCGCUCUGUCUCUUGUGUGAUGUGCCUCUUGGAAGCACCCGAGUCUCUGGCUCUGCCCCUUUGCCCGCCGUCUCUGGUCAGCUCUCUCGCCGGCUCCACACCCCGACUUCGUCGCAUUCGUGUGUCCGGUCGUCUCCCGCUUGGAACGCCGACUUGUCGAGCUGCGUAUUCUCUUCUUCCAUUCAGUCUGGAAGCUCUCUCGCCGCCGCCGAUUUUCGUCGGAUCUUUUGGAACCGAUCACCGAAACGGCGCUCGAGGAGCUCCGGGCGUCAAUUCAGGAGUCCAAGGGUCUCCUUCUGUCUCUGUAA